GAAACUUCGAGUAAUAAUUAAAUUAAAAUUAAAAAAACUAAUGAAAAUCGGAUCGGCGUGUACCUAAUAUCAUACCCGAAACACAACACAGCCUCUCUCUCUCUCUUCAUCUCCCCCUCAUCAUCAUCAAACAUACAUCCCCCAUUCAUCUCGAUCCCUCUCUCUUCUCUCUGGCAUCCGAUUUAACCCUCUCUCUCAGAUUCUCUCCUUCGCCCCCUUUGACUUUUCUUUGACACCCGUAGUCUCUCUCGCUUCCCACCCCCUUCCUUCGAUUUAGGGUUUCCGCUUAAUUGAUUAAAGUUUCGGCUUUUGAUCAUCCUCGUUCAGGGCGUGUGAUCCGAUAUCUCCCUUGACUUGUAGCAAAAUAUGUGUCUCUGCUGCUCCCCUUCGGCUUGAGAUCGGUUAGGAGAUUGUGUGUGUGUUAUGAUGGUGGGUACUCAACGUGUAGACGGCGGCUCGGUGGUGAAUUCCCCUAAAAGCUAUGGGAUUACGAAGCCUCUCUCGCUUGCUGGCCCUUCCCCUGCUGAUUUCAAGCGUAACCUCGAGCUCGAGAAGUACUUGGUUGACGAGGGACUAUAUGAGAGCGAGGAGGAUACCAUGAGAAGAGAGGAAGUUCUCGGGCGCAUUGAUCAGAUUGUGAAGCACUGGGUCAAGCAGUUAACCCAACAGAGGGGGUAUACGGAUCAAAUGGUGGAGGAAGCAAAUGCUGUCAUUUUCACCUUUGGUUCUUACCGACUUGGAGUACAUGGGCCUGGGGCUGACAUUGACACUCGUGUUGGGCCAUCUUAUGUUAACCGGGAGGAGGAUUUCUUUAUAAUCUUGCAUGAUAUGUUGGCUGAGAUGGAAGAAGUGACUGAACUUCAACCUGUUCCCGACGCUCAUGUUCCGGUCAUGAAAUUUAAGUUUCAAGGAAUAUCGAUUGAUCUGCUCUAUGCUAGCAUAUCACGCUUAGUUGUGCCACAGGAUCUCGAUAUAUCCAACUCUUCUGUGCUGUGUGAUGUUGAUGAGCCAACCGUUAGGAGUCUUAAUGGUUGUAGAGUUGCUGAUCAGAUUCUUAAACUCGUUCCAAAUUUUGAGCACUUUCGGACAACAUUAAGAUGCCUGAAGUACUGGGCUAAGAGGCGUGGAGUCUAUUCAAAUGUGACUGGAUUUCUGGGCGGUGUAAACUGGGCACUCUUGGUGGCUCGUGUGUGCCAGCUCUAUCCAAAUGCAAUUCCUAGUAUGCUUGUUUCUCGGUUUUUCAGAGUAUAUACUCAGUGGCGGUGGCAACCGGUUAUGCUUUGUGCUAUUGAAGAGGAUGAGCUUGGAUUUCCUGUUUGGGACCCUCGCAAGAACCAUCGCGAUCGAUAUCACCUUAUGCCAAUAAUCACUCCAGCGUACCCAUGCAUGAAUUCUAGUUACAAUGUCUCUCAGAGCACUCUUCGCGUUAUGACAGAGCAGUUCCAGUUUGGUAACAAUAUCUUGCAAGAGAUUGAAUUAAACAAACAGCACUGGAGCUCUUUAUUUGAACAAUAUAUGUUCUUCGAGGCAUAUAAAAACUACCUGCAGGUUGAUAUAGUAGCAGCAGAUGCAGAGGAUUUAUUGGCGUGGAAGGGUUGGGUGGAGUCACGGUUCAGACAGCUGACCUUAAAGAUAGAAAGAGACACAAACGGAAUGUUAAUGUGUCAUCAACCAAAUGAGUAUGUCGACACGUCUAAGUUUCUGCAUUGUGCAUUUUAUGGCUUGCAGAGGGCAGAGGGAGUUGGUGGUCAAGACUGUCAACAGUUUGAUAUCCGUGGUACGGUCGAGGAGUUCAGACAAGUAAACAUGUAUAUGUUCUGGAAGCCUGGGAUGGAUGUUUAUGUUUCUCAUGUUCGUAGACGACAGCUUCCAUCUUUUGUUUUCCCAAUUGGAUACAGAAGGCCACGGCCUUCUAGGCACCAAAAUCAACCGGGUGUAAAAUCUGGUGAAGAUGGUACAGUUUCCAACUCUGUGGUGGAGAGGCAGGUGAAGAGAAAGAACGAUAAUGAAAUGAUGGAUGCUCGGCCAGAGAAACCUGAGAAGCGCGCAUCUCUCAGUCCACACAGUUUAGACAUUGUUUCUCCUGACAAUAGUGCUAUCACUACUGGCUGUACUCCUCCUGUAUGUGACCUUGGUACACCUCCGGGUGAGGGAAUUGAGGCUGCAAAUUUGAACACUGAGAGUGCUGAACUCGCAAACUUUGCUCGAGAUGAGUGUAACUCUGGCAGCGAGCAAGCUCUGGAAGUAGAUAGUAUGGCUCUUGUUCAGGAAUGCUCUGAUCCGGCUGAGGCUUAUGGAAAGUGUGUGACACCUGAUUCUAGUGAUGUGGUAGCAACUGCAAGUGGUCAGGAAGAAAACUUAGAUCGUGAUUUGAUGUCUGUAUCGAUCAGUUGUUGUCGAUGGGAUUCGAGUUUUCCUGCUACAAAGUCGGAUCCUUUUGUUGGAAAGGGAAACUUGUACUAAAGUGGCAUACCUGAAGACCUUCAGUCAAAGUCAUUGGUCAGCGGGAUGGAGAAGGCAGAAGACGGAGCUAGGUCAGACUCUUUGCAGAAGUCACAGAUAAGGCAAAAUCAUGAUGUCUUUAUAUUAUUGUUUUUUUUUUGUUUCGUGGUGCUUUUAUAGCAGCAGCAGGGUUGAGCUUAAAGUCCACUGUGUGAACGUCCUUUAGGCUAUUGACGUGAUGACCAAGACUGAAAGAUCAACUCAAAAUGUUGCGGUGGACAGACGACAGAGUGCAUAACCUUUGGUAAGUUAAAUUUUUAUGAGAAAAAAAAAGUAAAAAAAGAACAUUUGAAAAAUCCCAAAAAAAAAGAAAAAUUAGAUAAUCAAGGAACGUCGGAUGGAUUUGUUUUGUUGAGUUGAUGAUCAAAAACUCAAUAUGCGUCACGAGGUGGUGGGGCAGUGAUCAUCACUCAUAUUAAGACUUCUGGAGAGGGGUUGAUUUAUAAUGUUUAAUGCUUUGUUUUUUUAGUUCGGCUAUUUCAGACACCUGUUUUGGUACUUAUGAUGGAUGGCCCUCUUUGAGGUUUGACUUCAAUCGUUGUGUUUUUUAUUUUCCGAUUUCUGUAUAUAAGAAUGUUUUCCCCA